AUGAAUGAAAACAUAUUCGCGCAUUCUUUCUUUCUUUCUUUCUUUCUUUUCCCGUCAAAAUUAGUGACUUCAUUUUCAAUGGCCUAUUUUUCUUUUUUCCACUUGUUAGCAUUAUUUUAUCUAAUUGAUUUUCUUUAUCAUUCCUUAUCUUAUUUUCUCGCUUUCCACUUAGCUUUUUAUCUUUCUUCCAUCUUUUCUUCUUUCAACUUUCCAGUUUUCUCUCUUUCUUUCUUCCGUCUUUUCUUCUCUCUUUGUUUCCUCCGUCUUUUCUUCUCUCUUUGCUUCCUCCGUCUUUUCUUCUCUCUUUACUUCUUCCGUCUUUUCUUCUCUCUUCCCUUCUUCCGUCUUUUCUUCUCUCUUUACUUCUUCCGUCUUUUCUUCUCUCUUCCCUUCUUCCGUCUUUCUUCUCUCUUCCCUUCUUCCGUCUUUCUUCUCUCUUCCCUUCUUCCGUCUUUUCUUCUCUCUUUACUUCUUCCGUCUCUCCUUCUCUCUUCCCUUCUUCCGUCUCUCCUUCUCUCUUCCCUUCUUCCGUCUUUUCUUCUCUUCCCUUCUUCCGUCUUUUCUUCUCUCUUUCCUUCUUCCGUCUUUUCUUCUCUCUUCCCUUCUUCCGUCUUUUCUUUCUCUUCCCUUCUUCCGUCUUUUCUUCUCUCUUCCCUUCUUCCGUCUUUCUUCUCUCUUUCCUUCUUCCGUCUUUUCUUCUCUCUUUUCCUUCUUCCGUCUUUUUUCUUCUCUCUUCCCUUCUUCCGUCUUUUCUUUCUCUCUUCCUUCUUCCGUCUUUUCUUCUCUCUUCCCUUCUUCCGUCUUUUCUUCUCUCUUUACUUCUUCCGUCUUUUCUUCUCUCUUCCCUUCUUCCGUCUUUUCUUCUCUCUUCCCUUCUUCCGUCUUUUCUUCUCUCUUUCCUUCUUCCGUCUUUUCUUCUCUCUUCCCUUCUUCCGUCUUUUCUUCUCUCUUUCCUUCUUCCGUCUUUUCUUCUCUCUUCCCUUCUUCCGUCUUUUCUUCUCUCUUCCCUUCUUCCGUCUUUUCUUCUCUCUUUCCUUCUUCCGUCUUUUCUUCUCUCUUCCCUUCUUCCGUCUUUUCUUCUCUCUUUACUUCUUCCGUCUUUUCUUCUCUCUUCCCUUCUUUCGUCUUUUCUUCUCUCUUUACUUCUUCCGUCUUUUCUUCUCUCUUCCCUUCUUCCGUCUUUCUUCUCUCUUCCCUUCUUCCGUCUUUUCUUCUCUCUUCCCUUCUUCCGUCUUUUCUUCUCUCUUUCCUUCUUCCGUCUUUUCUUCUCUCUUCCCUUCUUCCGUCUUUUCUUCUCUCUUUCCUUCUUCCGUCUUUUCUUCUCUCUUUCCUUCUUCCGUCUUUUCUUCUCUCUUCCCUUCUUCCGUCUUUUCUUCUCUCUUUACUUCCUCCGUCUUUUCUUCUCUCUUUCCUUCUUCCGUCUUUUCUUCUCUCUUUCCUUCUUCCGUCUUUUCUUCUCUCUUCCCUUCUUGCGUCUUUUCUUCUCUCUUCCCUUCUUCCGUCUUUUCUUCUCUCUUUACUUCCUCCGUCUUUCUUCUCUCUUUGCUUCCACAGUCUUUUCUUCUUUCUUUCGUUCUUCUCCCCUUCUUUCUCCCUUUUUUUCAUCUCUCCCCCUUUCUCCCUUUUUUUCAUCUCUCCCCCUUUCUUCCGUUUUUCUUUCUCUCCUUUUUUUUUCCGUCUUUUCUUUCUCUCUUUCUAUCUUCUCUCUUUACUUCCUCCUUCAUGUCUUUUAUUUUUUUUCUCUAUCUUUCUUUGUUCUUUUUUCUUUCGUCUCCUUUCCUUCCUUUUCUGCCUUUCCUUGUCUUUCUAAUUUCUUCUGAUUCUGGCUUCUUUUCUAUCUCACUCACUCACUCUCUCUCUCUCUCUCUCCCUCUCUCUCUCUUUUUCUCUUUCCAUUAUUCUAAGCACUCUCUUUUCUUUCUGAUCUUUGUUCUUUCCUUUCUUUCAAGUGACCAUUUUGCCUAA